GGAGAAAAGAAAGGUGUGGGGGGGAGGGAGAGCAGGGCAGGAGAAGGAGGAAGAAGAGCGUCCCAGUCACUCUCCAGAGAGAGCCUAAGGCUGCUGUUCUCUUCCUUGCGCCCCACCAAGGCAUUUCCAGCGCCCUGCUCGUCCCUGUGCCUGAGCCGUCCCCUCCAGCACCAUGGUAGACAGGGGCCCCUUGCUGACUUCUGCCAUCAUCUUCUACCUGUCCAUUGGGGCAGCUAUCUUUGAAGUCCUGGAGGAGCCGAACUGGCAAGCAGCGACGGAAGAUUACAAGGACAAGAAAAUUGAGCUGCUCAAGGAGUUUCCCUGCCUGAGCCAGGAGGGGCUGGAGAAGAUCCUGCAGGUGGUGUCAGAUGCUGCCGGGCAAGGGGUUGCAAUCACUGGGAACAACACCUUCAACAACUGGAAUUGGCCUAAUGCUGUCAUCUUUGCUGCUACAGUAAUCACAACAAUCGGCUAUGGAAAUGUUGCUCCUAAGACACCCGCUGGACGUGUCUUCUGCAUAUUUUAUGGGCUUUUCGGAGUUCCUCUCUGCUUGACAUGGAUCAGUGCUUUGGGGAAGUUCUUUGGUGGGCGUGCCAAGAGACUGGGCCAGUUCCUAACAAAGCGAGGAGUAAGCCUGCGAAAGGCACAAAUUACAUGCACAGCUAUUUUCAUUGUCUGGGGAGUCUUAGUCCAUCUGGUCAUUCCUCCCUUUGUCUUUAUGGUGACUGAAGGCUGGGACUACGUUGAAGGUCUCUAUUUCUCAUUCAUCACAAUCACCACUAUAGGAUUUGGAGACUUUGUUGCUGGUGUAAACCCGGACGUGAACUACCAUGCCCUUUACAGAUAUUUUGUGGAGUUAUGGAUUUACCUGGGCCUAGCUUGGCUUUCACUCUUUGUCAAUUGGAAGGUCAGCAUGUUUGUGGAAGUCCACAAAGCAAUCAAGAAACGGAGGAAAAAAAGGAAAGAGUCCUUUGAAAAUCACUCUCCCUCUAAAAAAGCCCAUCAGAUGGGCAGCUCCAAGGAUGUGAACAUCUUCAGCUUCCUUUCCAAGAAGGAAGAGACCUACAAUGAUCUCAUCAAGCAGAUUGGGAAGAAGGCUCUGAAGACAAGCAAUGAUAAAAUGAUUAAAGCAGAAAAUUCCAAACCAAAUAUCCAGAAUGCCAACAAGGAUGCCCUGGUGACAUACACAAAGAGCAAAUCAUUUGAUUAUGACAACAUUUCCCUAGGACUCAAAAACGGUCACAUUAUGAGGCACCUAAAUGACAAACGCACUGGAGACCGCCCCCUGGAGGGCACAGUGUUUAUAAACCAGCUGGACCGAAUCAGCGAGGAAGAAGGGGAAGCUUGGGACUCCAGGGAUUACCGACCCUUAAUCUUUGAGAGUGCCAAUAUAAAUUUUGUAAAUGAGGAAGAAGACGAUGAGGAAGAUCUUUCAGAUGAUGAGGAAACUUCAAAGUCCUCCAUGGAUGACAAUCUUGCAGAGGAACCUGAGACUCCCAAAAAACUGGUGAAUUUCCCAUCCUCUGAUGAAUCUACCUUUACCAGUAAUGAGUCGGAGAUUUCUGUGCCUUAUGAACAACUGAUGAAUGUGUACAAUACAGUAAACAAUGUAACAGCUACAACGUGAAGCAGCACGCAUUUUGGCAAUGGUUUUUUGAAGGUGGUUAAUACUGUCUAUUCAAAAUUUAUGCAGGAGGAAGGCAGAUUUAUUGCUAGCACCUCCUGUCUCCAACACCCAAACCAAAAACCUCCUAUGUCUUAAUGUCAUCAACAGUUGCUUUUUGGAGUCCAAUCAGCUUUGCUUGUCUAUGUUAGAACAGUUACAAGAUGACAAUUUAAAGCUUGAGGCAUCUUGCUUCCUCUUGGGCGUCUAGUUCUUGCAGAAAGUGGGAAGAAAUGACUAAAGUUGUUACACUGGACCUGUUUUUUUUGUUGUUGGUGGUGGU